AAAAUAUCCGAAAUAUUAGAAGACUUAUAAUAAUAAAUAAAAGUCCUUUUCUCUUUCUCUGCUUACAGAAAAUCAAAAUCAAUCCGUCUUUGCUACUACUAAUCUACUGUCUCUUUUACAUUCAAUCCCCUCCUGCUUCGGGUUUUUGUUCGACGGAAGUUUAAUCGGAAUCCUCUCUUCUUCUACCUUUUUUCUUUUUCGUUUCAGCACUUUCUUACAUGCCGUCGAAGAUUGUUGACAGGAAAAGGAAGCCACAAGAUGGUAACAACAAUGUAGCUUCGAGACUCAAGAGAUGGAGAGAGUACAACGAGCAGGCCGAGGCUGCUUCUUACGACGGUGAUGGUGGUCUCAAGCCGAUCCGAAAGGCUCCUGCGAGGGGUUCUAAGAAAGGUUGUAUGAAAGGCAAAGGAGGACCUGAGAAUGGGAUUUGUGACUACAGAGGAGUUAGACAGAGGACAUGGGGCAAAUGGGUCGCUGAGAUCCGUGAGCCAGGUCGAGGCUCUAGGUUAUGGCUCGGCACUUUCCCUACUGCGUAUGAAGCUGCGUUGGCUUAUGACGAGGCUGCCAAAGCUAUGUACGGUCGGUCUGCCCGGCUCAAUCUUCCCGAGGUCACGAACGGCUCUUCUUCGACUGCUGCAACUGUGUCUGGCUCGGUUACUACAUUGUCAGGCGAAUCCGAAGUUUGUGCACUUGAGGACACAAAUGUGAGAUCUUGUUUUCGUCAGGUGAAACUAGAGGAUGGUAGCGACGAGCAUGUUUCCUUGAAUGGCUCUCAGUGUAUCAAAGAGGAGAUGGAAGUAACAGAGGAAAGGAGUGUUCCCUUGAGUAGCUUUAAGCGUGUUAAAGAGGAAACGAGGGAACUUAACUCAGGCGAUGAUUUUUUAACUGGACUGGACCCGAGAAAGGAGACGUUAGAUGAGUGGCUAAUGGGAAAUGACAACGAGCAUGAACCAUGGGACUUUGGUGUGAACGAAGUGUUUGAUGUUGAGGAGCUGUUGGGUUUAUUAGACGAUGUCAAUGUGUCUGGUCAAGUUGAUAGACCUUACCAGAUGCAGUUUCCAGAUGCUAACUUGCUUGGGAGCCUCGACCACCACACGGAGAUUGCUCAUCCUGGAGUUGGUUUCGGAUAUCCUAUCGUGCAGCCGAGUGAAAUGGAGAACAAUGGCAUGGAUUUAGACCGUCCUCGGUUCCAGGAUCUUGACAUACAGGACAUGGAGUUUGAUGGAGGAGAAAAAGAUGCUCAAGGUGCCAAAUAAGAUCUCAGAUUCAUAGGACUGGCCUAAGUUUGUGCUUCUGCUCCGAGGCGGUCUAGCCAUUUCUAGCUAGAAGCUGACUUUCUUUGAAGCUACUGAUACUUGACUGAUGUUAAUGGUUUGAGGCAUAUAGUAAAUGUGGUUAGGUAAUGUAGGACAUGCUCGAACAUGAUUCCUUCUUUCUUUUUUCUUGUGAAUAUUUUACAAAGAAGUUUCAGACUUUGGAUUUACAGUUUCUAACGUUUGGAUAUGUGUAGAAAGUUUUCGACUUUGGAUGCAUAUAAAUAAUCAAGUUUUGAUAUUUGAAAUUUGAA